GCAGGCUGGAGGAAGAGAGAGACAGAGACAGAGAGAGAUCGCCAGGGAGAGAAAGAGAGAGAGAGGCACCCAAGGCAGCGGCGCGCAAUGACCAUGACUACCAUGCCAGAGAGCCUCAAUAGCCCUGUCUCCGGCAAGGCGGUCUUUAUGGAGUUUGGGCCGCCCGGGCAGCAAAUGCCACCAUCGCCCAUGUCUCACGGACACUAUUCCAUGCACUGUUUACACUCGGCCGGCCACUCGCAGCCGGACAGCUCCUACAGCGCAGCUUCGUCCUUCUCCAGACCGCUGGGCUACCCCUAUGUCAACUCGGUCAGCAGCCACGCGGCCAAUCCUUACAUGAGCUCAGUGCAGUCCUACCCCAACAGCACCAGCUUGGCUCAGACCCGGUUAGAGGAGACAGGGGCCGAGACGGAGAAAAGCACCGUGGUGGAAGGCGGAGAAGUGCGCUUCAACGGCAAAGGGAAAAAAAUCCGAAAGCCCCGGACUAUUUACUCCAGUUUGCAGCUGCAGGCUUUGAACCGGCGGUUCCAGCAGACUCAGUACCUGGCUUUGCCCGAGAGAGCCGAGCUGGCCGCCUCCUUGGGGCUCACCCAGACCCAGGUCAAGAUCUGGUUCCAAAACAAGCGCUCCAAAUUCAAGAAACUGAUGAAGCAAGGAGGGGCCGCAUUGGAAAGCAGCGCUCUGGCCAACGGCAGGUCCCUGUCUGCCAGUUCCCCCCCAGUGCCCCCAGUUUGGAACACCACCUCGACGUCGGGUAAGACCUCCACUGGGACCCCGGCCACUUACAUUCCCAGCUACACGUCUUGGUACCCUUCGGCCCACCAGGAAACUAUGCAGCAGCCUCAGCUGAUGUGAUUGGGUUUUUUUUUGGAGGGGAGUUUCUUUUGGGUUUGGUAUU